GGAGGAGGCGGGAGAGUGAGGGAAAGGCUGGAUGACGAGCCUGCAGGAUGUUUCCUCAAUGAGAGGAAGGCUGUUGCACAAUGGCAGUGUUUGAUACCCCGGAGGAGGCCUUCAGUGUCUUGCGUCCGGUCUGUGUUCAGCUCACCAAGACGCAGACGGUAGAGAAUGUGGAGCGUCUUCAGGCCCAGUUACAAGCCGUGAGUGACUCUGCCCUUCAGGAACUUCAGCAGUACAUCCUCUUCCCUUUGCGAUUUACCCUGAAGACCCCAGGCCCCAAAAGAGAGCGCUUGAUCCAGAGCGUGGUGGAGUGCAUCACCUUUGUCCUCUCUUCAACAUGCGUCAAGGAACAAGAGCUCCUCCAGGAGCUCUUCUCGGAGCUCUCUGCCUGCCUGUAUUCGCCCAGCUCUCAGAAACCUGCGGCUGUGUCCGAGGAGCUGAAACUGGCUGUGAUCCGGGGCCUCGGCACGUUGAUGCACUCGGCUUAUGGGGACAUCCUUCUGACUUUUUAUGAGCCCUCCAUUCUGCCUCGCUUAGGAUUUGCUGUAUCUUUGCUGUUGGGCCUCGCAGAACAGGAGAAAUCCAAGGAAAUUAAAAUGGCUGCCUUAACAUGUCUGCAGGUUCUGCUCUUUCAGUGUGACUGUCAGGACCAUCCCCACUCCUUGGAUGCCCUCCAGCAGAAGCAGCUGGGGGAUUUGUUUGCUUCCUUUUUACCUGGACUCUCCACUACCCUCACCAGAGUCAUCACAGGAGACUUCAAACAGGGGCACAGCAUCGUCGUGUCUUCCCUCAAGGUCUUUUACAAGACAGUGAGUUUCAUUAUGGCCGAUGACCAGCUCGGAAGGGUCUCAGAGGUCCGGGCGAAGCCUGCCGUGGAGCGCAGAGUAGCAGAGCUGAUGGUUCACAGGGAGGCUAGCUGGGUAAAAAGUACUGGUGACAAGUUGACCAUCCUUAUUAAAAAGAUAACAGAGUGCAUUUCAGUCCACCCACACUGGAAGGUCAGGCUGGAGCUGAUAGACUUUGUCGAGGCCCUUCUGUUAAAGUGUAGUCGGUCACUGAUCGAGUCAGCUGGUCCCCUUCUGAAGGCCCUGGUGAGUCUGGUAAACGAUGAGAGUCCUGACGUCCAAGCCCAGUGCGAUAAAGCCCUGAGGUGUUUUGCAGAUGAGAAGGUGGUGGUGGGCAGCAGAGCCUUCGCUGACGUCCUGUCAGAAAAUCUGCACUCCCUGGCCACGUCCCUUCCCCGCCUGAUGAGCUCCCAAGACGACCAGGGCCGAUUCUCCACUCUCUCCCUGUUACUCGGGUACCUGAAACUCUUGGGCCCCAAAGUAGACUUCGUCCUCAACUCGGUGGCCCACCUCCAGCGCCUUUCCAAAGCGCUUAUCCAAGUCCUGGAGUUAGACGUGGCUGACGUCAAAAUUGUUGAAGAGCGGCGCUGGAACUCCGAACGUCUGGCUUCUCCAGAGACUCCAACCGAGAGGCCCUGGGCUCAGAUGCAGAGGAGAUAUUUCCGCUUCUUCACCGACGAGAGGGUUUUUCUGCUCUUGAGGCAGGUUUGUCAGCUGCUUGGUUUCUAUGGGAACCUCUACUUGCUUGUGGAUCACUUUAUGGAACUGUACCACGAGUCCGUGGUGUACCGGAAGCAGGCCGCCAUGAUUCUGAAUGAGCUGGUCGUGGGAGCUGCUGGGCUAGGGGUGGAGAAUCUCCAUGAAAAACACACUCCAGCUGACCCGGAGGAGCUGAGGGAGAUUGUGACCUCCAUACUUGAAGUAUACACAAGCCAAGAAAACUGGUAUUUGGUCACUUGUGUGGAAACUGAAGACACGGGAGAGGAGCUGACGGUGGGGUGGACAGGCCUUCAGGCCCUCGCUUCUGGUGCACACAGCUGCCCGCCUACCUCUUCCCCUGCAUUCUCAAAGCCGAGUCCCACGGUCUGCUCCAUGAACAGCAACAUCUGGCAGAUAUGCAUCCAGUUGGAAGGGAUCGGCCACUUUGCACACGCACUAGGGAAGGACUUCCGUUUGCUCUUGAUGUCAGCCCUCUAUCCAGUACUGGAGAAGGCUGGGGACCAAACCCUGCUCAUCAGUCAGGCGGCCAUCAGCACCAUGACGGACAUCUGCCAGGCUUGUGGCUACGACUCCCUGCAGCACCUGAUCAAUGAGAAUUCCGACUAUUUGGUGAACGGGAUCUCUUUAAACCUGCGUCAUCUCUCUCUACACCCCCACACCCCGAAGGUCCUGGAAGUCAUGCUACAGAACUCGGAUGCAAGCCUGCUUCCUUUGGUGGCAGACGUGGUUCAAGAUGUCUUGACCACCCUGGACCAAUUUUAUGAUAAGAAAGCUGCAACUUUUGUCAGUGUCCUGCACGCCCUGAUGGCAGCGUUAGUUCAGUGGUUCCCAGACACGGGUCAUCUCGGGCAACUCCAGGAGCAAAGUGUAAGGGAAGAGGGAAGUCCUUUGAGCCAGAGAUCAGCAAGUCUUGAGAAAGGCCUUGAGAACCCCACGACAGCCGAAGACAUUGAACAGUUCGUGCUGAACUACCUCAAGGAAAAGGAUGUGGCAGCUGGGAAUGUCUCAGAUCUUGAUAAUGAAGACGAGGAGCAGUCAGACCCUCCCGAAGUGGAGGGGAAUGACACCGGUCCCCAUGUGGAGCCACCACUGCCGGUGCAGAUCCAGAUAGCCACGGACGUGAUGGAGCGCUGCAUCCACUUGAUGUCAGAUAAAAGCCUGAAAAUCCGCUUGAAGGUCCUGGAUGUGCUGGAUCUGUGCGUGGUUGUUCUGCAGUCCCACAAGAACCAGCUGCUUCCCUUGGCUCAUCGGGCCUGGCCCUCGCUCGUACACCGACUCACCAACGAUGACCCCCUGGCGGUGCUCAGAGCCUUCAAGGUUUUGCGUACCCUGGGAGGCAAGUGUGGCGAUUUUCUAAGGAGCCGGUUCUGCAAAGAUGUCUUGCCAAAGCUGGCUGGCUCUUUGGUCAGCCAGGCUCCCGUCAGUGCCAGAGCUGGACCAGUCUACUCCCACACGCUGGCCUUCAAGUUGCAGCUGGCCGUCUUACAGGGCCUGGGCCCCCUCUGUGAGAGACUGGACCUCGGUGAGGGUGACCUGAAUAAAGUGGCGGACGCCUGCUUGAUUUACCUCAGUGCCAAACAGCCUGUGAAAUUACAAGAGGCGGCCAGGAGGCCCAGAAUCAGUCGUGGUUUCUCGAGCACAGGGGCGCAUCUCAACCGGCUUCUUGUCCCCAGACAUUCUUGUUCCUUAAAGAUGAAAAUCGUCCUCCCCCAGGCAGAGUCUCUGAAGCUAAUUGUGCUCUGAUUUAAAGUACAACUCACGAACAUGACGGAUCCAUCUGGAAGCAGAUUCUUCUGGGUGUCUGCUACGAGCGAGAGUCUGAAAGGUCUGGUUUUUCUCAUCUCCCAUCUCAUUCUACUUUUCCUCCACCCUCCCCAUAGCUGUCCUUCAAAUUCAGACCCAUCAAACAGGCUAAUAUUCACAAUUCAUUAUCUUUUCAUUUCUAAUCUUCUUUUCUUUUCUUUUUUGCCACUGAAAGCAAUCAAACCCAAACUGGACCUUGCUGACUCUUGAGUUGUAAUUCCAGGUGCCUCGGGAGGAGGCGGAUGGGGAAGGAGGAGGUUGCUGCCAGCCGGCCUGGCCUGACCGCAGUGCCUUCUGUUUGCUCCACCACAUUCCACUCAGGGUUGAGUCAGAUGACCUCCUUCUGCCAGGCAGGGAGGAAGUGCAAGGUUGAUUGCUUCACAAACGCAUCAUCUGUAAACUUAUUUUGAAGUCAGGGGGAAAAAAUACCUGUGUUGUCCUUGAUUCGGAGCUGAUUUGGCAUCUUGAUUCAGAAAUUAAUAAGCUCUCUAAAUGGGAGAAGAAGCGUGAGACAAUAGGCAGCCUGGUCCCUUUGUGAGUCUGAUUGCAGAGCAAAGACAGGGAGAAGGG